CAGGUUGUCAUUCGAUGUUUGGAUGUAAUAGCUAGUGUAAUUCAUGUAUGUGGAGACCGAAAAAUCUAUGCUGCUUCCUUUUAGAAAGGGUAGCAAUCUUAUUGACCAGGCAGACAUGGCAGAAGGAACCUUGAUUAAGGUGCAAGAAGCAUUUUUUUUAAUGAUUGCAGCCAUUGCAAGUGACAAGAAAAGUGCUUGUGCUCUGGAGGCAAUAUUCAAACAGAUGGCUGGGUUGGCUGUGGGUUUUUCUUGUGGUAGUCAAACAUUGGAGAAAGCUGCUACAGAUGCCUUGCUUGGUCUAUCAAGCAUUGAUCAAGAUCUUGUUUGGCUACUUCUAGCUGACAUUGUUUACUCAGGAGAUGGCAGAGAGGUGCCAAGUCUUCCUUGUACAGGGUUGCCAAAGAUUGCUUGACUUCUCCCAGAGUCACCCCAGGAAUAUAUUUGGGUUCAA